AUGGAGAACAACACUAGACCAUCCAGAGUUGAUAGAAAAAUCAUUGAGAGGGAUAGAAGAAAUCAAAUGAAAGCUCUCUACCGCAAACUCAACUCACUUGUGCCUCAUCAAAGAUCAAAAGUGGCCAUUUCACUGACGGAUCAGCUAGAAGAAGCAACAAACUACAUAAAGAAAUUACAGAUGAAUGUGGAGAAAAUGAAGGAGAAGAAGAACAUGCUGCUAGGAAUUGAAAGGCCAACUGUGAGAAUGAAGGGAGGAGGAGAGAGAGUAGGGUUAAAAUCGCCACGGGUUGAGAUCCAACAAAUGGGUUCAGCCUUAGAGGUUGUUCUAAUAACUGGGUUGUAUUCUGAGUUCAUGUUCAGUGAAACCAUUCGUAUUCUUCAUGAAGAAGGAGUAGAUGUUGUUAACGCCAGUUAUAAAGUUAUCGAAGAUACAGUUUUCCAUUCAAUACACUGUCAGGACGAUAAAUCUGCCAACGGAGCAACUAGGAUGUCUGCGAGGCUGAAGAACUUCAUCUUUGAUUCUAGCUACUGUGGUUUUUAA